CGCGGUAAAACGAGGUUAUGACCAUCAAAAUAUUUGUGUUUGAGAUAUUUUGUGUUAAAAUAAUUUUUACAGUUUUUAAUUAUAUAAGUCCCACAUAUUAGCAGUCAUAUAAGUACUUACUCAGUUUCAAUGUUCAUCAGUCAAAACCAGAAUGGAAACCAUCAAAAGUAGAUUUUCAGUGAAUACUUCCCUGAAAAAUGCACGCAUUUUUGAUGAAGAUUCCGAAGAUUCUCUGGCAAAUUUAAUAAGUAAGAACGACAUCAAAGAAGAGCUUGAAGAGUUGGCUUUUAAUCCAUUUAAAGAGGCAACGAGUAGUGCAACCAAAGAAGAUCCCGCUUUAAAAACGACCAUCAAACAUGAGCUGUUUGACGAAGAGACCAACUUUCCAGUAUGUACAGAAGCCUUUGAGAACAUUCAUAUAAAGAAGGAAGUUCUGGAGGAGCUAACUUCCCCUAUGAAAAUUGAUGGUUAUGAAAAUUCUGAUUCAAAUUCUCGGAAAAGUCUGAAAAGUGCCAGAAUUUCUUUAUACAAAAAGCGAGAUUCGCCAUAUAAAUCAGCGCUUGAAAAACUGGGGCCUUCCUCAAGUAGAAUCAACAACCCAAACUUUGAUGAAAACAACAAAACCAUACAAAAGAAAAAAACGCGCAAAAAUGAUUUAGAAACAGACCCUGCUGUCUUAAGUCGAAGACAAAAACAAAUUGACUAUGGGAAGAACACAAUAGGUUAUGAUGAGUAUUGUAAACGUGUUCCAAAAAACCAACGCAAAUCGGAUGACCCACAGACCCCUAAUAAGUACCUAAAGUAUUCAAGACGCGGUUGGGAUGGAUUAAUCAAACAGUGGCGACUUAAAUUACAUAAGUACGACCCUGAUGAUUCAUAAGUUGUAGGCACAAUAUUUUAAUUUUUAACUAUACAUGCAAUAAUAAAUCUGUUAAUUUUAUGAUUUUGUAAAUCAGGUGGUUUGACUUGAGUUUGUGGUGUAAUUAACUUAAGCAGUUGGUGCCAUUGGCGUUCAAUUGUCAGGUUGUCAGUAUUUAAGUGCCUACUUGAUUUAAAUUAAAUACGAGAUUUUUGUGUGUUCAAACAAAAAUGGAGUCUUCUGAAAAUUCUGAGUUAAUUUUUUCUAUAAGACAAAAUUUACCAAAUAUAAGUGAAGAAAUUGAAACUGAUGAUAGAGGUGAUAACAGUGAUGUGAAAAUUCUGUGCUUGUUGUGGAAAAACGGUAAAAUGGGGGCUGCUUACUUUUGUGGUGAAGAUAAAUCUUUAUAUGUGUAUGAAGAAAUUACAGAUACUGCUCCCCAAUUUUUCCUUACAUGUUCAGUCUAUCGAGAAGUUUCUCCAAAAUACCUCGUAACUGUGGGAAAGCAAAGUGAGGAAUACGUUAAAUAUUUAAUAGAUAUGUCUGUGUCAAAUGAUGCGACUUCAACGGUAGACACGUUGAGAAGUGUCCCCCCGAACAUGUUCCUAUUGUCUUUCAAAGAAUAUUCUUUUGAAAUAUGUAGAUCUGUGCUCUCUGAAUUGAAUUUAUGUACAACUGCAGAUAUGUCAGAAGCUGAAAAAGAACUCUAUGUGAACUCAUUACUAAAUUUUGAUUAUAAAAUGUCAAUAUAUGCUGCAGGAGCUUUGAUCAAAUAUUUAGAUAAAAAUUGGGCGCACUUUAUGUCUGCCAGAAGCGAUCUACAGUAUUUACAAGUUUCCCAGAUCUCACUGAAAGGUCACGUUUUAAUGGACUGGACUACUUUAAACGCACUUCAAGUCUUUCAACAGUGCUCACAUGACGCUAACUUCAAGAGAGGCAUACAGUCUAGUAAUCGCGAAGGUCUAAGUAUUUUUAGACUUUUCUCAUCCAGUUGUAAGUCAAAAGUAGGACAAACAUGCUUAAGGUAUUUCACGGUAUUGGUUACUAAUGUGUUUGUAUUAAAUGUCUGCAGGAAUAUGUUACUUAGACCCGUGAACGACAUUCACGAAUUAAGCAAACGUUUGGAAUUUAUUACUUUUGUUCUUCAUCCUAAUCACCAAGAAUUUGUUGAAAGUUUACAAGAUAAUAUUAAAACCUUAUCUGACGUCACUAUUAUUCUGACGAAAAUUAAAAAUUCGAGGGCAAAUUGUAGAGACUGGAACAUUUUAUACAAAUCAAUUUAUCAUGCGCUUUUCAUUAGAGAACUAACAUCUCCGUAUAAAAACUCUUGUGAAUUAUUACACGAAUUUUAUCAUUCAGUAACGACGGAAUUAAUCGGUUUAGAAAAUUCAAUAAACAACGCCAUCGACUUCACAGCUAAUAAAAAUUUUGGACGACCUGUCAUAAAGUUAGGACUUGAUGAAAGUUUAGACGCAAAGAAACUUAGGCGCCAGGAUAUCGCUCAACAUGUGACAGCAGCUGCUGAACUGGCAGCUCAGCAACUUCCGGAUUAUUUACACGAAUGUGCUAUCGUAUAUUUACCAGAAAUGGGUCACCUUCUUGCGAUUAAAGAAUGGGAACCCCACUGUGAUCCUGAAAGUCUUGCAGAUCUAGGAUUUCGUUUUAUGUUUACCCUUCGUGGCACGAUUCAUUAUAAAAAUCCACUCUGUCUAGAAUUGGACGAAAGCUUGGGGGAUAUAAACGCGGAAAUAAUAGCCCACGAAAAUCGAAUCCUGCAACGGCUCUCAUCCUUUAUACUUAAAUACAAUAAGGAUAUAAGAGAACCCCUCCGGGUUUUAGCCCUAAUCGAUGCAUUAAUCGCCAUAGCUAAAGUUUCGGCCCAAAAUAAUUACGUCCGGCCUAGUUUAAACACAGAAAAUACACACGAAAUUCAAGAUUGCCGACACCCUUUAUUGGAGCUCGUGUCGAACUUCGAAUCCAACGAUUUUUUCUCGGGAAAUAAUUACAGCCACAUAAAAAUAAUCACAGGCCCGAAUGGUAGCGGCAAAAGCGUGUAUUUAAAAGAAGUUGCUUUAGUUAUUUAUUUAGCGCACGUUGGGUCUUACGUUCCAGCACGAGUCGCUAAUAUUGGUAUGAUGCAUAGCAUACAUUCCAGAAUGCAAGCAACAGAAUCUGCAUCUGUGCGUUUAUCUGCAUUCAUGAUAGACGCAAUUCAGGCGACCCAAGCAAUACACAACGCGAAUGCCAAUUCUUUGAUUUUGUUAGACGAGUUUGGCAGAGGAACUACAGUGGAAGAAGGUUUCGCGUUGUUGGUUGGUGUACUGCGCGAUUUUUACAAAAAGAACAGCGACUGCCCUCACAUUCUUGUCUCUACACAUCAUCAAAAGAUUGUCGAUUACUUGCCAGAAGGGGUUUUAGUUCAGUAUUUAAAAAUGGCGCACACUGAACAAAACGGUGUUUUGUCGUUUUUGUAUAAAGUUACGGAAGGUAUUUCUAAUAGUUUUGCUUUUAAUAUUGCUGCUCAAGUUGGAAUCGACGAAACCAUUAUUAAACGAACGAAAGAGCUGUUUAAGAAUAGCAAAACUAUUAAGCCGAUUGUAAGACAGGAAGGAUGUUCUUUAUCGAUUAAUGACCGGUCUCUGGUUGAAUUAGUGGCCAAUGUUGAUAUUCCAGAGCCAGAUGUAGAAAAUUAA